UAAAGGAGCCGCAGAGAGCGAAAGAAAGUCCGUUAAAGUGAGUUUAUCACAGCAGCCCGGAGGAUUUAAUGAGCGGAGACGCCAGUCAGACCGUGCUGGACGUGAGAUGACUCGACAGUCGGGGAAUAAACUAGCGAAAUGUUAAGAAAUUGACAGAAGCCAUGUCCAAAGAUUAGGAAGCCAGCGGACAGGAAUGGCUUUUUUUUUUCGUGUUUCUGUAUAAGAUAAUGAAAGUUUGCUACGCUUUAUUCGGAUAGAAACCUACCUUUUGACAGUUUCUUUUUUAAAAGUAAAAUUCCCCACAUUAUGUACGCGACAGUGCUAAAGAAGAACCACUGGACGUUCAGAGUGAAGGAGUCGUCGGUGUUUAAAGACGCUCGCGGGGAACUGAACGUGCCGCUGCGCGGCGGAGCCGAGCACGGGGAGUUCGCCUACAUCGGGGAACUUAACGAGGAUGUGGUGGCUUACAAAAGUGGAACAUUAUCGAGCGGGGAACUGCUGCUGGAAGUAGAGAACCUAUCGAUAUCUGGAUUACCUCUUUACGACGUGCAGACAGUGAUAAAGAACUGCAAAGGUGCCGUCAGGUUGAAAACUGUAGGACAAGGAAGCAAGUUGAACAAGGACCUGAGACACUUCCUGAGCCAGCGCUUCCAGAAGCUCUCCCCUGAUCACGAGCUGCAGCAGACUAUCCGAGACAAUCUCUACCGCCAUGCCAUGCCUUGUACAACCCGCACCCCACGUGAAGGAGAAGUUCCUGGUGUAGACUACAACUUUCUCUCUGUGGAGGACUUUCUGGAGUUGCAAAAGAGUGGAACCUUGUUGGAGAUAGGAACUUAUGAAGGUAACUAUUAUGGGACACCCAAACCACCAGUGCAACCCCCUGGUGGGAAAGUGAUUAGCAGUAGCAGCGGUGAUGCCCCACUGCCAGACAGGCUCAGCGGUAGCCUGCAGGGCUCGCAGAACUCCACUCCCAAACGCACCAAGUCCUACAAUGAUAUGCACAAUGCUGGAAUAGGGCCUGGCGAGCUGCAGCAGGAGGACGACGAGGACCUCCCUGACAUGUACAGUAGCCUUACAGGUAUGUGUUCAUAUGUGUCAUAUGUGUCCAUUACUGUUACACCAGUAAUGGACAAUGAUAAAGCAGACAGAGAUAUUGUCAUGCCAGCAUACCAGAUGAGAUUUGUGACCAUGUGUUACUGUCACCUCCAAGUAAUGAUAUUUGCAUCUGCUGUGUUUGUUCUGCUUAGCCAUAAUACAAAGACAACCUCUUGGAUAGACCCUCGGUGCCUGGACAAGCCUCAGAAACCACUGGAAGAAAGUGAAGAUGACGAAGGAGUACAUACAGAGGAGCUUGACAAUGACCUUGAACUUCCUCCAGGAUGGGAGAAAAUAGAUGAUCCAGUCUACGGGGUCUACUAUGUUGAUCAUAUCAACAGGAAAACCCAGUAUGAGAAUCCAGUGCUGGAGGCUAAGAGGCGUAGGCAGCUGGACCAGCCGCCUCAGCAGCCUCAGCCCCAGAGCCAGCAGCCACCUGAAGAGUGGAUCGAGGAUUCAACAUUGCCAGGACCUCCCAUGGCCAGCUAUGCUACCAACCACCAGGAGACCUACAGGGACCCUCAGACAGGACCCACAGUGGCCAGUGCUAUGGGACAAAAACGUGGGAAGCCUUUCUUUACACGGAACCGAUCCGAACUGAAGGGGACUUUUAUUAAUACCAAGCUGAAAAAGAGUCGUAGAGGGUUUGGUUUCACUGUUGUUGGAGGCGAUGAGCCAGAUGAGUUCCUGCAGAUCAAGAGCCUGGUCCUGGAUGGUCCUGCUGCUCUUGAUGGCAAGAUGGAGACAGGUGAUGUCAUCGUGAGCGUCAAUGAUACGUGUGUGCUUGGCUACACACAUGCCCAAGUUGUGAAGAUCUUCCAGUCCAUCCCAAUUGGCUCAAUGGUUAACUUGGAGCUCUGUCGUGGCUACCCACUUCCCUUUGACCCAGAUGACCCCAACACCAGCCUAGUUACCUCAGUAGCUAUUCUCGACAACAAAGACCCCAUCAUUGUUAACGGCCAGGAGGUGUCAAACAGCUAUGACUCUCCAUCUAGCCACAACAGUCAGAAUACCAACAGUGGUUCAGCCAAUGGCACAGCACCCCUCAAUGGCCUCCCUCGACCCCAAAGCCCCUCUGUAGAGGCAGCUUCCGAUACCUCAUCCCAACAUGGUUAUCCCAGCGAUGUGGUCACUCUAGCCUCAUCCAUUGCCACACAGCCAGAGCUUAUCACUGUACAUAUGGAGAAAGGUGACAAAGGCUUCGGCUUCACCAUUGCUGACAGUCCUGGAGGCGGAGGGCAGAGAGUGAAGCAGAUUGUGGACUACCCACGCUGCCGUGGCCUCAAGGAGGGUGACAUCAUUGUUGAGGUCAACAAGAGAAAUGUGCAGAACAUGUCUCAUAACCAGGUGGUAGACCUGCUCAGCAAGUGUCCCAAAGGCAGUGAGGUCACCAUGCUGGUGCAGAGAGGAGUAGCACCUGCAAAGAAGAGCCCAAAGCUGCAGCAGUUGUCAAGGAAGGACAGUCAGAACAGCUCCCAGCAUAGUGUGUCCAGCCACAGGAGCACCCACACAGACUCACCUGUGCACACGUCCUUGGCACCUCCUCUCAACGAGAGUGGUGCUCCCCCACCACCCUCACAGCCGCUUCCAGGCCUGCCGCCACUGGAAUCCCCUGCAGACGGAACUAUCCAGAGAAAACCUGACCCCUUUAAGAUCUGGGCCCAGUCUAGGAGCAUGUAUGAAAGUAGGCUGCCAGACUUCCAGGACCAGGAUAUUUUCCUUUGGAGGAAGGACACGGGUUUUGGCUUUAGAAUCCUUGGGGGAAACGAGCCAGGAGAGCCGAUUUACAUUGGCCACAUAGUGAAGUAUGGUGCAGCCGACGAGGAUGGCCGCCUGCGAUCUGGAGAUGAACUGAUAUGUGUGGAUGGCACGCAAGUGGUUGGCAAGUCACACCAACUGGUGGUGCAACUGAUGCAGCAGGCUGCCAAGCAGGGCCACGUUAACCUCACUGUUCGACGAAAAACUAGCUAUGCCGUUAAAGCAGAGGGAGAUGCACCUCCGUCACCAGCAUCUUCUCACCACAGCAGCACCCAGGCACCCAGCCUAAUGGAGGAGAUCGGAAAGCGCACCCCGCAGGGCAGCCAGAACUCUCUGAACACUGUCAGCUCUGGCAGCGGCUCCACCUCUGGCAUUGGCAGUGGUGGAGGUGGCGGAGGAGCCGGUGGCAGUGGCAAUGCAGUUGCGGCGGCAGCUGCCACCACCUCUUCUCAGCCUCUCAACACUUCCGCAUCUGCCUCCUCCACUGCCUUGCAGCCAUAUGACGUGGAGAUCCGCCGUGGAGAGACUGAAGGAUUUGGUUUCGUGAUUGUCUCAUCUGUGUCACGGCCUGAGGCGGGCACCACCUUCGCUGGCAAUGCGUGUGUGGCCAUGCCUCACAAAAUAGGACGCAUCAUUGAGGGGAGCCCAGCAGACCGCUGUGGGAAGCUGAAAGUUGGUGACCGUAUCCUGGCAGUUAAUGGAUGCUCCAUCACCAACAAGUCCCACUCGGACAUCGUCAACCUCAUCAAAGAGGCCGGCAACACCGUCACACUACGCAUCAUUCCUGGAGACGAAUCAUCGAAUGCAUCCUUGUUGACCAAUGCAGAGAAGAUUGCCACUAUAACCACAACUCACACAUCUCAGCAACAGGCUGCAACCGAGCCCAGGAACAACACCAAACCAAAACAGGAAUCUUUUGAAUUUAAAGCUGCACAAGCUCCGCCGCCACAGCUCUCGACACAAGUCUUGUCACAGGAUUCUGAAUUCUACUCAGUGGACCUGGAGCGAGACAACAAAGGCUUUGGCUUCAGCCUACGGGGAGGAAGAGAAUACAACAUGGACCUGUACGUGCUGAGGCUGGCUGAAGACGGAGCGGCUGUACGCAAUGGCAAGAUGAGGGUUGGCGAUGAAAUCUUGGAGAUCAACGGCGAAAGCACCAAGGACAUGAAGCACGCGCGAGCCAUUGAACUCAUUAAGAGCGGAGGCCGACGAGUCCACCUGGUGCUCAAGAGGGGUGACGGCUCUGUGCCUGAAUAUGGUGGGUCAAUCUAUGAAAACAUUCCCUUCUCCCCCAUCUUCACGCCCUGAGCACAUUGGACGGUGGUGGGUCGUGGGAAAAAGAACUAAUUCAGCAGGACUCUUCACCCAUCCCUGGGACAAUCUCACCAGGGAGGAGGGGAGUUAGUCUUGGUGUCUUUCUGGUGGAGGAGGAUCCUUGGCUUUGGGCUUUGGGGAGCAGGGGUAGAGCUUGGUCUUGUGGGUACUGCUGCCCCUCCUGCUGUCAACUGCUCGUUUCCAUGUCAUCCAGCUGUCACUUUUCACCUUCUUCCAUUGAGCAAAGCACACUGCUGGGACUUUUGCAGAAAGGUGGUGGGGUCUUCUGCGCUACAUGAAAUAGAAACUGUCAACAGUCAACAAAAUCAGCAUGGUUAGAAGGAAUGCUGAUGCUUUCACACCCUCAUUAAGACUAGUAACUAGUUUGUGGUUAUGUAGAAGAAAAGAAAAAACUUGAUCUAUUGCAUCCUGUGAUAAAGUGGGAAACUCACUUUGCAAAAGAAAGCAUCCUGCAGCUCUGUUUAGGACGUGACACAAACAUAUUUAUGAUAUUUAUCGAAGGUGAAUGUAAGCUACUGAACUCUGAGCUUUUAAGUGAGAACUGUACUGAAGCAUUUUCAUGCUUUUUGCCAUUUUAAUCUCACUAUACUGUGCGUGACCUGACUCACUAAUCUGUGGAUUUAUUUGCACCUACUGUUAAUGUCAUUGAAAAGCUGUGACUUUAGGAACUCUCACCAUCCUGUCAAAACAGAAAUCACUUCAGAUACUCAAAUGUUUUGUACAGUGUUGAAAUGAAGAGAGACAUUUUUACAAGUAUUUUUGUUUCUUGUACAGAACCAUGAAUUCAAGCCACAUAUUAAUGGAUAAAAGUCUAUUGCUGCAUGACCUUGUCUAAAGUGCAAAAAUGACCCCCCCCCCCCCCCCAUCAUCUAUUUUCCAUAAUAUUUAUGGAAUUGUUUUUUUUUUGUAUUGGCUUUGAUAGUCACAUCAUCAUCAAUGUAUUUUUUUUAUUAUUUUAAUUGAAGAUACAUUUGCUUGUCGUUAAAACUUCAUUACUGUAAUUUUUAUUUGCGCUAAGAAUGUGCUCUUAACCUGCACCAAUAUGACAUCAUGUGAACUUGUAUAUUUUUGAUCAUUUUUUGUACUUAUUAGUUGGCACAGCCUUUAACAGUCUUGGUGGUAUUUUUAUUUUUUAUUUUUAUUUUAUUUUUGUGUCAGCAAUGUAAAACUCCUUCAUAUGCUGUUGUUGUGCGUCUGUGUCACUUCUUAAAUCUUGCAUUUCUGCUGCUUCUGUAUGUGUAGGUGUGUGUCUGCGUUGGACUGAUUGUGUGUGUGUGUGUGUGUGUGUGUGUGUGUGUGUGUGUGUGUGUGUGUGUGUGUGUGUGUGUGUGUGUGUGUGUGUGUGUGUGUGUGUGUGUGUGUGUGUGUGUGUGUGUGUGUGUGCGCGCGUGCGCGCGCGCUCGGUUCCAGGACUUUCUGUGUAGCUGAUGUUUUCCACUAAAGGGUUUGGGCAAUUUCCUGGACUGUCUCCUUGCUCUGAAUGACUCAGUGAUCAAAUAAACACGUUGUUUUGUUUUUU